GUCUAAGAUUUAGGGUUUUGUUCAUUUCAUUUCUCACGCUGUCUGUAUGCUACCAUCCGGAGAUGCAAUUACCAAAUAAUUGCAGACACCUGAUACCCUUUUGCUGCAUUAUUGCAUUUUUAGAUCCAAAACUUAGGCUAGAUUUGCUGUCUUUAGGGUUUAUUUGGGGUUUCGGUUGGAAAUGGGCGGAACCCAUCUGAUCUUUUUUCUUGAAUAUCUGACAAGAUCUAAUCACAUUUCCUGAUGUGAAGUUUGUAGCAAUUAUAUUUAAAUGAAAAUAGUACUGUAAUUUAGUUUAUGAUUAAACAAUCUUAGUCAUUUUUUUGGCAGGGAACUCGCAUCAUCCCUAGGCCCUCUACUAAGAAACGGAUAACAAAGGCGCAAUGGAAGAACUCUGCAACUUAUUCAUAUGUUAGAGAUAAAGCAAGGGCCAUUCAAGCUGGUCUUGACCCAAAAUAUCCAAGCUUCAUUAAGAUUCUAUUCAGUUCCUAUGCUACAGGGGAUAUCCUGAGUGUUCCGGCUAAUUUUCGUAGAAACUAUUUACGUAAAGAUGAUGUAAUAACAAUGGUGGGCGAAGAUGGUAGUAGGUCUCAGGUCGUUUACCUAGCAGAUUUAGGACUUCGUGGCGGAUGGAAAGACUUCUGUGCUGCAUAUAACUUGCAAGUGGGUGAUGCACUUGUUUGCCACUUAGUAAGCAAACAUACACUCAAGGUUUACAGUGUGAGAGUGAAGGAUUUUGAUCGCCAUGGACAAGAAGAACAAUCAGGGACAGAAGAGAGUGAUGGAGAAGAUGUAUCCCACGAGAUAACAGAUCAGGUUACAAGGGCGAAAUCACAUUUUGAUGAAAACCCUUUGGUGGAUGAUGAGUUAAACAAUAAAGGGCUCAUUUUUGAGAGUGGUAAGGACAUUCGUUCUUACAUUGAUGAGGAGGAUGCACUUGCAGAAAAGACCGCUGUAAAUCGCAGUUCCCCGGAACCUUUUGUGGAUUUGAAGAAUUUCAAAGUAGUUGUAAACGGCUCUCCCUUGGACGACCCUGAACUUCCCUUGUCUGCGCGUGUGAAGUAUUAUAAGCUAUGCUUGGCUAGGAAAUCGUAUCUACACAGUGAGCUUCUCAAGAGAAUCAGCCACCAGCUAGCUACAGGAAUUAUACUUGAAACGGUCAGCAUUGCCGAUGCCAUCAAAUCUUGUAGCAUUUCAACCUCCCAGAGUGACAUCAAGGAAUGGGAAACCAAUUUAGAAGGAUUUAGGGUCUUGGGAAUGGAUGUUGAUUUUCUGCUUGACCGUGUCAAAGAACUGUUACGGUUUGCUCAAGAGAGCGGAGAAGCAAAGAGGCAUUAUGAAACUACAAAGAAGGAAGAUCUACUGAACGAGGAAAUAGCUUCUCUCGAAAGGAAGAUGAGGGAGCUUAAAGAAGCUAGGGCCACUCUCCGAUCUGAAAGUGAAGUUCUUGAGGCGCAUUUACUGAAGCAGAGAUUGACUUUCCAAGAGACGGCAAAAAUGCCUUGGUGAUCUUCACAGGGAUCCUAGUUGGUUUAUACGUCGUGCUUGCUCACUCUGAGGGAGUGUGUGAUGUACUCAUCACUCAUGGGUAAUGUGCUAAGGGUAUAUAAGUAGUGAUUGGCUGUCCUAAUGCAACUUGUUAGAUAUAUUAUAUGUUUAUGUCAUUAUGUGUAGAAACUUUUGAAGGCAUGGUCCUUCUGGGGUAGGCUCUCUUUUUGAGGGGUGGACUUUAAAUCACCAUUGUUUGGUUCAGGAGGGAAUGGAAGGGAUGUAAGGUGUGCCUGUAUGGCUAUAUGUUAGG